GGCGAGCCGGAGAACAUGAUUGGACAAAGCCAGCACGUGGAGGACGGGGCAGAAAUCGGUGCGGUGUUUUGCAGCUCUUAAGAGGCGCGAGUGGGUUUGGCGUUCAGAGACCAAGAGUCCAGCCUCUCUUUUCCUACCACCAUUGAUUGGCCCCACUCAGGAAAGAAAGAAAGAAAACAACUAAAGGAUAAUCAUGGGUAACGGGAUUGAAGGCUGCUGUGAGGUCCAGCAAUACAAGGACGGUCACGCUCCUCCCUACACAUCCUACAAAAGUUAACUAAAAUUAAUGUUCUGUAAUUAUCUUAUUUGAGUCUCAAUGAAAAGAUGGCACUGAAACUACUGGGAUUCCUGGCUAGAUCUUCAUAUACAAUAAGCCAGUGCCGAUACAUCCCUACUUAUGGAUAUUUAGCAUCAAGCAACAACUUGCUAUCAGUAAAUAGAUAUCUCAGGCGAUGCAUCCCAGAGGCAACUUCUAAUUUUACUAGCAAUUGCAUGGACAAUUCAAACUGGUUUAGUCCACAAACUACUAUUGGUGCUACAGCAAAAAGAAUUAAUUACUUGACUAUGGAUGCUUGUCCUUCAUCCAGAGAACUUCAUCCUCUUAAAGCUUCAAUUUUUAAACAGAAGUUAAAACAUAUAAGGAUACUUACACCAAAUAGACAUUAUUCAGUUUUAUCGCCUAGUAAAGUUCAACCAAAUCAAGAUAUUGUACCAGUUAAGCGUCUACCAAAAGCGUCGAGGACCAAGCAGCCAUCAAGAAUUAAUCUGCCAUUACCAUCUGAAGCUCAGGAUGUGAUGCAAUGUAUAGCCUUUGCAACAGCAGAUGCCUAUCAUCUUGGUAAUUUAUGCCUUGACCUGGUCUCAUCUGGAUAUGUUGAAAUCACAUUACCUAGAGAUGCAGCAAAUGUUUUGGUGGUUGGCACAGAAAGGACAGCCAAAGAUCAUGAUUUGGGGAUCAUAUUUUUCUUCAAGGAAGGGUCUGUUGUGUUUUGGAAUGUUGAAGAAAAAACAAUAAAGAAUAUUUUUCAAAAGCUGGAAAAACAUGAGAUCCAGCCUUAUGAAAUUGCAUUAGUUCACUGGGAAAAUGAAGAGAUCAGCUAUAGAAGAGGAGAAGGGCAGUCAAAACUUCAUAGAGGAGAAAUCUUGAUAAAUUCAGAAUUAGAAAUGGAUGAAUUCAUUUUAGAGAAGUUUGCUUUUUCCAAUGCUCUCUGCCUUUCUGUAAAACUGGCCAUUUGGGAAGCAUCACUGGAUAAUUUUGUAGAAUCUAUCCAAUCAAUACCUGAGAUGCUUAAAUUAAGAAAGAAACUGAAACUCUCUCAUGCUGAUGUUAUGCAGAAAAUUGGGGAACUGUUUGCCUUGAGGCAUCAUAUAAAUCUGAGUUCUGAUCUGUUGAUUACCCCAGAUUUCUACUGGGACAGAGAACAUCUUGAACAACUGUAUGAUAAAAUGUAUCGGUUUCUUAGUAUUGAUCGCAGAGUUAAGGUAGUAAAUGAAAAGCUCCAGCAGUGCACAGAACUGACAGAUCUGAUGAGAAAUCAUUUGAAUGAAAAACAUGCUCUGCGGUUGGAAUGGAUGAUAGUGAUACUCAUCACAAUAGAGGUCAUGUUUGAACUUGGAAGAGUGUUUUUCUGAUACCAGGAGUACAUUACAACAGACAUUUUACAAGACUAGUCGUUAUCUGAGCAACAGGUUUAUUAGACUUCAAUUUUGUCCAUUUUAGAAAGCAAGCAAAUGUCAUGAUAAAUUUAUGGACAUUUGCUACAAAAUGUUGGGAGUCAUUGCAUUUAAUUUCAUAUUUCAUUACUAUGUUUUCUUGGAAUUCAUGGUGUAAAAGCAUUAUGAGGCUGGUUUUCUAUCUUAUGGAUACAGAUUAUCUGUUACAGGAAAAGGAUGUACGUACAGUAUAUACGAUACUGUUUUCUGUAUAUAAGCUGUACAUUUUUUCACAAUACGUUCAAUAGAAUUAAGAAAAAAUAUGUAUAUAAUAUGCCAUUAUGUAUAUGGGGAGCCAAUGCAUAGAAAAUGAACAAUUCUAAUAUUGUUCAUUUAUGAAGGAAGAGUUAAAAUUAAAAAUAAUCUUCAGCUCAAACAGUCACUGUCUUUGAAAUUGCUUAACACAAAGAUUUUAUAAAUGCAGACAUGUUUCUUCAAGAAGCAAGAGAAAUUUAAUCAAAGCAAUGUCUUUGACCAUAUUGCCUUAGACAAAUUUUCCUCAGUAACCAUUAUGCAUGUAUGAACACCAACUGAAAAGCUGUGAAAUAAAAUAAUGGUUGUAAGAAAUGCAUUGAUUUCUUUGAAGCAAGAUUAAGGUCUCUCAAAUCCAAAACCUUUUGACUAGAUACACCAGAAAACUCAUGAAAGCUUUAACUUAUGUACCCAGGAUCUGGUUCUCAACUAACUUUCCAAAAUGUAUCAUGAAUAUUGUCAAAUUUUAACAUUUUUGUAAGAGUUUAAAAGAAGUUUGUUCUUUAGUUUCAGAAAGUGGGAAGAAUGUUUGUAAAUGAACCUACUGCUGAAAUUUUAUGAUGGGAAACAAUAUGAUAACUAUUAAUAGCUUUGUUUUUCAUACAGUGCACAUUUUUAAAAUAAAAAGCCCAAAGCAUUUGUGAGGAAGGUACAU